UUGCUGUGAUGAACUAUGGUGAUGUUAAAGAUGCACUGUAGAAUUAAAAUAAAAUUCAAACUCUUCUUCGCUCUUCCAGUUCAAGCUGCAGCUUACAGUAAGAAGAAUCCGAUCAUGGAGGAUCUCCGCUUCGGACCGCUCUAUAACAGACACACACGAGGAACACCAGUGUGGUACCGGACGGUGCGGGUGGUGCCCAAGCGUCUGUCUGUGAGCUGGCAGCAGGAGACAGACUACAGACACAUCUAUUACGGAGGAGAUCAUGGACUGAUCCAUCACCGCAGGGAGCCGCAGGAACACAGAGAGCACCUGCUGAAGCAAAGGGUCAGAGGUCAAUCACAGCAGGAGGCGCUGUGUUCCUGUAACACACUGCGAGAGCAUCGUCCAGCAGGAGCACAGGUGCACCUCAGGGUUGGUGGCGCUGUUUCGUCCCAGCCUGGGGUCAGAGGUCAGAGGUCAUCCAGCAGAGGAGAGGAUCCGCUCCUGGAGGCCAUCAUGAAUCUGCACAGACAAGUUGAUGGUGAAGGGGUGAAGCGCAGGACGGUGAUGUCCUUCAGAAACACCCAGAUCAUCAGCAUCAGCGGGUCACUCUCACCCGCUCGCCCUGGAGCAGAUGAACACAGGCCAUCAUCCAGUGAUCUCUCUGGAGGAUCAGCCCAUGCUCCUGCAUCGGCCAGCAGGAACCCAUCUCCUCUUCUGCAGAUAUUUUUCUCCGAUCUGGAUGAGAUUCCAGGUUUGGGAGGGGAACCGGAGGAUCCCACUCUGGAAGAACGUUGUGCUCAAGCCAUCGAUAACAAAGCUCUGGAGAUCGAGGAGUUGUACAAACAGGACUGCGAGACCUUUGGAAUAGUGGUGAAGAUGCUCAUCUCCAAAGAUCCAACUCUUGAACCAAUGCUUCUGUCAGUGCUGCAUAAGAACCUGGUAGAAAUCGGGGAAAAGUACUUGGAAAACCUCAGCCAGUUCAUCUCUGAGGUGAAUGCAUUGGUCAAACCGAACCAAACCGGCCAAACCUAACCAUGAUGCAUAAACUGACCAUGAAGCACUUGAUCAUGCUUACUCAACUUAUAGAAACAACCUAUCUAGAAGUAAUGUUUGUUUAGUUUUUGCACAUCUUGUCAUGUUAUUCAGCUCAGCUGUCCUGAGCACAUCUGUUAAACUUUUAAUUCAAGAACCACGCUAACAGUUCAUUGUUUACCUUAAAUUCUGUAUCUUUAAUUAACUAUACUCAAAGAUGUUGGAUUUUUGCUGUUACGAGAAUGCAACAUGUUCAUCAUUAAAUAAAGCAUAUUAAUUUACUCAGUGUU